UCCAAGCGAGUGAUACAUUCAUAUCAACACCGUCCGUGGCUGAAGAAUUAGUUUGCAAUCGCAACAGGUGUAUUCGAUUGCCGUUAACAUGGGUUUACUGUGGCGUAGCUACAGCAUUUUCGCGGUGAUCACGUUGGUGGGUGUGCUGGCCCAGUACGAAUGGCAACCAAAGGAUGCGUUCGAUGAAAUAAAGGUGCGCUUCGAUAAGGUGAACGCAGAUAACUGUCCGAUUUUGCCACCGCGAGACUUGACGCUACCGGAGGAUAGUGUCUCUCACCUGCCCGACAUCAAGGAUGUGAACAUCAAUCCCGUGUUCCCCAAUCGGACCGCGCUUCUGCAUCUGCAUAACAUGGCGCUGAGCCGCGCCUUCUUCUUUAGCUACAUUUUGCAGAGCCGCUUCAUUCGUCCGGCCAUUAACGAUACGUAUGAUCCUGGCAUGAUGUACUACUUUCUGUCGACUGUGGCCGACGUAUCGUCCAAUCCGAAACUAAACGCGUCCGCCAUCUACUUUGCGCCGAAUACGUCCUUCUCUUCCUCUUACCGUGGUUUCUUCAACAAGACGUUCCCCCGCUUCGCGCCGCGCACCUACCGCGAGGAUGACUUCAACGAUCCGAUUCACCUGCAGAAGAUCUCCACUCUCAAUACGUUCUAUGUGCGCGACUUGGGUGCUUUUCCACCCAAUUCGGCCUUGCACGAUUAUACGAUCAAGAAUUACCAUAUCAACGAGUGGUAUAACCUGUGGUUGCCGGAUAAUGUGGACAAACGGCACGAUACGAAAACUACCUACCAGGUGGAGAUUCGCUACGCUAACAAUACGAACGAAACGUUCACCUUUCACGGACCACCCGGAGCGGAUGAAAACCCGGGUCCGGUAAGAUUCACCAAACCUUAUUUCGACUGCCGAAGAUCGAACAAAUGGCUGGUAGCCGCCGUGACACCGAUUGCCGAUAUCUAUCCUCGCCACACGCAGUUCCGUCACAUUGAAUAUCCAACAUACACUGCCGUAGCGGUACUGGAAAUGGAUUUCGAAAGGAUCGACAUCAACCAGUGCCCGAAGGGGGAGGGAAACAAGGGACCAAACGUGUUUGCGGACACUGCUCGUUGUAAAAAGGACACAACUGAGUGUGAGCCAAUGGAUGGUUGGGGAUUCCGACGCGGCGGCUACCAGUGUCGCUGCAAACCCGGUUAUCGCUUACCGGGUGUUGUGAGACGACCGUACCUGGGCGAGAUCCUUGAACGUGCCUCCGACGAACAGUACUACAAUGGAUUUGAUUGCUCAAAAAUCGGAUGGGUUCAGAAAAUUCCGAUACGGUGGUUCCGGUUGCCGCAGUUUACUCGCGAGCAGUACCUCGAUCGGUAUUAUGAGUACAAAAACUUCACCACCGGGCCAAGCUCGUUGCACGCAGAGAAACUUAACAUCAACGAGGUGCUGAAGUUCAUCCUUGGCGUCAAUGCACGAUCGUGCAAAAACUAUCAUCCCCAGGAUCUCGUGUUGACCGGCGAGUUUGCGUACGAGGCACAGCAGCAGUUUGCAAACGAAGCCAAGAUGGCGAUACGUCUAGCGAACUUCCUUAGUGCCUUUUUGCAAAUUUCCGACCCUAACGAGGUAUACUCCGGCAAACGGGUGGCCGACAAGCCGCUGACCGAGGAUCAGAUGAUGGGCGAAACCUUGGCUCUGGUGCUUGGUAAUACGCGUAUUUGGUCGGCGGCGAUGUACUGGGAGCGUCGUAAGUUCCCCAACCGGACGCUGUUCGCACCGUAUGCGUACAAGAAGGAGCUGAACACACGCAAGUUCAACAUGGAGGAUGUGGCAAGGUUCAACAAAACGGGCGAAGAAUACAUCGACAAACCGUUCUUCCGGCUGCUGAAACAACGGUGGGCUUCCAACUUUGAUGCCCUCGAAAAGUACUACAUGAAGAUCCGGCUGCGACACAACGAGACGGGCGAGUAUGCGCAGCGCUACGAACACUUUCCCAACUUCUAUCACGCCGCCACGAUGGACCAUGGUCACUGGACCACGCCCCAGUACGACUGUAAAGGCCCUGUGAAAAAAUGGCUCAUAACGUACGCGGUCCCGUUCUUCGGCUGGGACAGUCUGAAGGCUAAGCUUGAAUUCAAGGGAGUCGUAGCCGUUUCAAUGAACAUGCUACAGUUGGAUGUUAACCAGUGCCCGGAUAAUUAUUAUGAGCCGAAUGCAUUCAAAAACACUCAUAAAUGCGACGUGAAGUCUUCAUAUUGCGUACCAAUCCUGGGCCGUGGCUACGAGACGGGCGGCUAUAAGUGUGAAUGUCUGCAGGGAUUCGAGUAUCCGUACGAAGAUUUGAUCACCUAUUACGACGGCCAGUUGGUGGAGGCUGAGUUUGAUAAUAUCGUGCAAGAUAAAGAGUCGCGUUAUGACACGUUCAAGUGCCGUCUGGCUGGAGCUGCUGCGCUGCAAGUAGAGCUUACGAUACUGGUCUUUGUGACACUGUUCGGUUGGAUAAUGCUGCGCAGGAACCAGUGCUAGCAGUAGAGUUUGUUCAUGCCACGUACACGAUUUGUGGCUUCAUUCCAGACAAAUCUCUUUUAUGUAUCAAUCAUAUGACCUUGUAGGACACCCCGUUCGCAAAUGAAUCUCCGACAUUAGACCAUAGAAACGAUACUUUUAAUACGAUACUGUUAAGUGCUAAAACGCCGUCCAAUCAAAAACCGUGUUCUUAAUUCUGCCGUCCAACAAUAAUACCUUAAGUAACUUGAUAUGCAAAAUGUGCUUGGAAAA